CCAUAGCUCCACUCUCUGUCUUGGCUUCUUGUCUCUUUGUUAUUUUGUUUUGUUUUGGUUCAUGGACGGCAUGGCCUCUCGAAGAUAUAAAGAAGAGGAAGCUGGAUCGAAACAACAUUAUCCCGCCGUUCAAAUUAGUCAACAAGAGGCAACAGUAAUGACCCAAGAUAGGUCUCAGACUGAGGAAGUCAGGAUUAAGCUUGCUGCCAUCGCUUUAAGCUUAAAUGUAAGGUUAAGAUCUUCCGACAUGCCAGUCGACAUGCAAGAACGAGCCCUUCGCUAUGCAAGAUCGUUUCUCGACAAGUCACCAUCAUCAGCAGCUCCCAAAUCCCGCCCCAAUCUUACCCUCCUUGCUCGUGCCCUCAAAAAGGAAUUUGACUCGGCAUACGGGGUGGCAUGGCACUGCGUGGUAGGGAAGAGUUUUGGGUCCUUCGUGACUCACUCACCAGGUGGGUUCAUUUACUUCUCAAUCGACUCGCUGUUUAUUCUUCUCUUCAAAACAGAGGUGCAGCUGGUCACCGAAUUGGAACCUUCUUCUCAAUCAGUAGCCUAGAGUUAAUGUAGGUGUUGAGUUGAAAACUCUAGUUAUUUAGACUGGGCCCAUAAGGCUGAAAAAACUCCAACUAUUUAGGCCAUGCCCAGGCAGCUGGGAAUUAUUUUUGGGAUUUUUUUUUGUUUUUGUAUUAUCAAGUGGAAACCCAAAAAGGAGAUUUCAAGUACGAGUGAUCUUAUGCACAUACAAGAUACAUCCAUUGCAAUUUUUUGAAGCCUUCUAGGGUUCGACGAUGGUAAGCGGAAUUGCUCUAUUUAAGUUUUCUUUUUAAGUUGAAAUUAAAAAUUACGAAAUGA